AGCCCAGAAACAAUGCCCCAGAAAAGGCUGGCCAUCCUCCACAAGGUCUCAAACAGAGUCUCUGUUUUCAUUUCCAGAGUGAGAAGAAGAAGACCCAUAAUCUCAAAACUUGUUAUAUCUCUCAAUAAAGCAAGAAAGCUCAAGAGGUUUAAGCUUCUUAAGUGUAAUUACAACAAAUAUGGCUUUCUUGAGGAGUAUGAGUUUUCUGCUUCAAGCACUCCUCCUUUUCAUUCCAAUAAAAGAUGGCUGAGGAAUGGAAUGCGCUGCGGCCGGAAUCUGUAUUCGAUGUUGGUUUUCUGUCGGUGUCUGGGUGGCUUGAAAUUGGAGAGGGAAGAAGUGGAUUAUAGGCUGUCGUUGGAAGCUCUGCCUGCAGCCAUUACUGGGGUAUAUUCUGAGCCGUUGGAUUUAUGGAAUGAGGAUCAAGAUUUGGUUGAUCGAGGGCUGAGAUGUUCAUUGAGAGGUUCUAUCAUGAGAUGAGAUUGCAGAGGCACGAAUCAACUGAAUUUCAUUAGCCAGUCUUUUUUUUUUUAUUUAUUUUUUAAGUCGUGGAUAUGUAAUUUGAUUUUAAUCAUAAUGAAAAUGAGGUUUGAAAAGACUUAACAGACCCUUUAAGAUGGACCAGGCCUAAAUCUAACAGCCCAAAUCAAAAUCUUCAUUUGGGCUAUAGACUCAAACCGUCUGAAUUGAACCAACCCUAAGUGGCUAUGUCUACAAGGUUUUCAAAUCUGAGCCCAUAACCCGAUCC